ACGGGGACAGACUGUUGCUCUUUGUGCUCGCUCUCUCUUCCCAUCUCCGGAGCCUGUGGGACUUACUUCAUCUCGUGCACACUCUGCGCUGAUGGGAUUUCUGUGAUUUCACUUGGAUUUAUGCUACAACGGAUGCGAAACACUGGAGAACGAGUGCAAUUGGUGAUAGAUUCCCAUACGAGUAUAUAGAUAUAAUAAUGUGUUGAUUCUGAAAGGAUGUAUACACCUGAUUGGAAGUGCGGUGACCCCUCGCCCAAGCUGGUUUAGUGUGUGGGUGAAACCCAAUUGUUGAAUUUAUAUUUACAACGUAAAGCUUGCAAGUGAUUCAUUUCUGGAUGUAUAACUAACAGUGCUGAGAGAGGAAAAAAUACGAAGUGCCAAAUCUGUAUCGUGAGUGCAGUGAAUUGGAUUGUGACCAUUUAAUUGUUGUAGACGUAACGCAGUGGCUAAGAACAGACUCGAGGUAAGGGGUAUGUGUAGGUGUCGAGGGCCUCUUGAAUCCCCCAAGCUGCGAGGGCGCCUCAGUCUAAAUCUUGCUCCUCUCGAGGGCGUUUGAGGACGACCUACUCAAGAGGCAACACCCAUCUCGCCCAUCGCGAUAAAGAAAAUAAAUUAAUAAUUAAUUACGAAGUGAUGCCACACAGUGUGAAACAUAAUAUUGAUUCAGUGUGGCACUCCUGAGUUUUGUUGUUGACUCGGAAAAGUAUGAAAACGUUGAUCGAAAACGCAGUGCUUACGUCGUCCGUGUGUUACUGUGUGUGGUUGGGCUAGUCGUUGACGCUGUCUAGUGUUGGUCACAAGCCCAGUGUGAAAUGAUGGGGCGCGAUUUGUGAAGCCCGAAGUAUAGGUAAAUCUGUUCCUCCCGCGGCUAGUAUGAGUGACUGUGUGUUGCCAGCUGUCAGUAUCAUUCCAAGAUGCAGGUGGUGAAGAUUUUACUCCUAGGGACAUUUUGCCUGCUCACCUACGGCGGCGAGAACCAGCUCGCCAGCGGACAACAGCGCCAGCACUUCCGCAACCAACCCGAGGACCAGCACGUGGUCGAGGGCGCCGUGGCCAUCAUCAAGUGCGAAGUCGGGAACCAGAAGGGCCGAGUCCAGUGGGCCAAGGAUGGCUUCGUCCUCGGGUUUAACCGCACGAUCCCGGGCUACCCUCGCUACGAGAUGGUCGGCGACGGCCUCAACGGCGAGCACCACCUCAAGAUCCACAACACGACCCUGCACGACGACGCCGACUACCAGUGCCAAGUAGGGCCGGCGGACGGGCACGACCCCCUGCGCGCCACCGGCCACCUCACCGUCCUCUUGGCUCCGACGAGCAUCGAACUCCUGGGACGAGGCCGCGAGGAGGUCAUCGAGGUCAACGAAGGCGAAGAAAUCACCCUGGAGUGCCAGGUGGAGGACGCCAAGCCCGUCGCGAUGGUCCGCUGGUACAAGAACAACGAGGAGAUACACUUAGCGAAGGAAAUGUCACUGAACAGUGAUGUAUCCGAGAUUGUAUUUCUCCUACGAGUGAACUUUAAUAGUCCUGUGAACUUCUCGUUGGAGGAAGGCUGGAGGGCGGACAUGCAUACGCGUUUGCUUAUGGGUUUGUCUCGCUGGUAUAUAUUACUGAGAACCCGAAGAGACAGGUCGUCAUUGCCCGAGGGAUCCGCGCUGAUGCAACCUAAGGCGCGAGAUCCUCUGACCGACGGGCUGUCACACGAAACGUAUUCCCGAAUCCCCGACGCCGUCUCUUGCGCCGCCGCCGGCCUGCUGGCCUCCGAGGGGCGACCCGGCCCUGCGCUGCUCGCGCCUCCCUUCACAUCUUCCGCGGGUCCAUGUUUCAGCGGGAUUAAUGCUGGCGAUGCUCCCCUGGGCCCGGCCCGCGACGCGAUCAGCAUGAGAUUAAUCCUUAGAAAUAAAUUGUCUCCCGAAACGACAAGAAAAAUCGUCUUCCGAGAUUCCAAGGCGGCGCUUACCCGUUCCGAGAAUCCCCCGGGGCCGCCCGUGAUCACCGGCUACACGGCGGGAGAGACCAUCCGCGCGGGCGAGGAGCGGACCCUGUCGUGCCGGUCGCGGGGAGGGAACCCCCUCGGCCGCGUCGUCUGGUACCGCAACAACGAGAUCAUCGACACGACCGACCGCCCGAUCGGCGCCGAGAGCGUCAACGAAUACAAAUUCAUCGUGGAUUCGGCGGAUAAUGGCGCCAUUUUCACGUGCGAAGUGAGAAACAAACUGACGGAGAAGCCCCUGCUUGCUUCUGUCCAGCUGGACGUGCAGUUUCCUCCCGACAAGGUGGUGGUGACGGGGCCGUCGCAGUCCCGCGUGGGCGAGAACGUCACGCUGACGUGCAUCGUGGAGAACUCGAACCCGGCCGCGGAGGUGUCGUGGGUGGUGGACGGGCAGCCGCGCCCCGAGGCCACGACACGGCGCGAGCGGGCGGGCCCGGGCGGCUGGCACACGGUCAGCAGCCUCGAACUGAGCGUGCCAGCCGUCGACAGGGACAUGAUGUUCACCUGUCACGCUACCAACCAGGCCCUCGGAGAGACCAAGGUCGACACAUACAUGCUCUCGGUCUUGCGUCCGCCUCUGCCGCCGGUGUUGCACGGCUACAGCGAAGGCUCGGGCAUCCGCGUGGGCAGCCAGCAGCGGAUAACCUGCGUCUCGAGGGGCGGCAACCCCCCAGCGCACUUGCAGUGGUACCGAGAUGGCCAGAAAAUUCCUUCAAGGAAGCACAGCAUCGAUGACGUCAGCUCAGCCGAGAUCGAGAUCGUGGCGGAGCCGCAGGACAACGGGGCGCAGUACCGCUGCGAGGCGCACAACAGCGCCGCCUCGUCGCCCGUCAGCAUUUCCACGACGCUCGUCGUCUUCUUCCCGCCGGAGACCGUCAAGAUCAGCCAGAGUCCGCGGCGCCUGAGUGCGGGCAGCCAGGCCAUCCUCACCUGCGAGUCAGGGCCCUCCAACCCGGCCGCCACCAUCACCUGGUUUAGGGGCGACUACAGGAUGGCAGGCCGCCUGCAGGAGACCUCUUCCAGCCUUAAUGGAGGCACACGAGUGACGAACGUGUUAGCGCUCAACCUGACAGCGGCCGACGAUGGUCUCACCUACUCGUGCCAAGCGAAGAACACUGCCUUGCAAAAAGAUGUCACACAGUCUGUCACUCUCCAUGUCAACUACGCGCCGACGUUCCUGGCGGAGCCGCCCGACGUGGUGGACGUGGUGGUCGGCGAGUCGGAGGAGCUGAACCUGACGGCGCGGGCCAACCCUGGCCCCGUCAUCUACACCUGGACGCGCCACGGCCUCCCGCUGCCCGACCCGGUCAUAGACGACUCGUGGCGCGACACCUACGCCCAGCAUCCCGACAUGGGCGGCGCGGGCGGCUCGCGCGUGUCCGCCGUCGGGCCGCUGCUCUACAUCCGGGGGGUCACCGUCGACGACGCCGGCGACUACGAACUGGAGGCGACCAACCAGGAGGGGGCUACCGUCGCCAAGGUUUACCUCAAUGUUCAGUAUCCUCCCACCAUCAAGUACACGUCGGAGAUGGUGACCGUCUCCGAGGGCCAGGACGCCCACCUCGAGUGCGCCGCCGACGGCAACCCGCUGACGGAGGCCAUGAUGGCGUGGCGCCGCGACGAAUACGACUUCACCAAGACGGAGCAGAUUUUCGGAGGGAAGAAGGCGACGCUUACAGUGCUGCGAGCUAACCGAAACGACACGGGCGUGUUCACCUGCGAAGUGAACAACGGCAUCGGCAGAGUGGCCACCUCCAACAUCACACUCGUGGUGAAAACGAAGCCAAUAGUGGAACGCUCGCAGCUGCUGGACCGCGCGGCCGCCGAGAAGGGCAAGAGGGGCGAGCUGCGGUGCCUGGCCGAGGGCGCCCCCGACGUCAGCUUCUCGUGGAAGAGGGACGGCCUCCUGCUCUCCAACGGCGCCAGGCCCGAUAAGUACGAGAACGAGACCGUCAGGACGGGACUGGUGUCCUGGGCGUCCACCUUCUACAUCAGGAACGUGCACGAGGACGACUACGGCCGCUACGAGUGCAUCGCGGAGAACGAACUCGGGGCGUCCACCUUCACCGUGCGAUUCAUCAAGCCCACGGGCCCCGACCCCCCGCUGUCUCUCAAGGUGGUCAACACGACCCACGACACCGUGACCCUGGCUUGGAAACCUGGCUUCGACGGCGGCAAAACUCAGUACUUCCGCCUCCGGUACCGCACCAAGGACAGCACUUCGUAUCAGUACCUCGACGUGUACGAGGCCGGGGUGGACGUGUACACGGUGAUGCACCUCAGCCUCAACACCGAGUACUAUUUCUCGAUCAUGAGUUACAACGACAAGGGCGACAGCGAAUACCGCGGCGAAUUCGUGCGGGCGACCACGCGCAGCGAGGCCCCUCCUACGCCUGUGCCCUCGUCCAACGUGGGCAAGGAGGCCUCAACCAAGCUACCUGGCCUCUGGGUCGUCAUCAUAGUACUCGUUGCCACUGCAUUGCUUGCUCUCAACGUUUCUGCCAUUGUCUGUAUAGUUAGGCGGAGGAGGAACAAGCGGGCUUCUCCCCCCACCAAGAAGACUCCGCCGCCGUCUGUGUCGUCGACCAUGGCCAAACCCAUGCCGCUCUCUGUCACGCAGGGCCAGCCCCUUUUAGGCGACCGGGAACUCCUAUUAAACCAAGUUCUCGGAGGUCGCGGAGACCUUCCCAAGCUGAUCAUCAUUGUUGUAGCCAUCGUCGGCACCAUGAUUGUGAUACUCAACAUUGCCCUCGUCAUCUGUCUAAUACGCAGAAAGCGUGGGAAGAGACGAGAUGAUGAAGGCAGCGACCAGGCGAGCAGCAAGAGCACGACCAACACCAUGUACGCCCCCUCUUCGUACAACGACACCGUGGUGGGCGAGACGCUGUCGUCCAUCUCCGAGAAGAGCCGCGAGUCCUACACGCAGGAGGACUCCGUCGUGGACUAUGAGGAUGGUCCUCAGUACUUUCCCUCAGGGCACGCCCCGUCAGCUCACUUACUUCCGGCACAUAUUCUCCCCGGUCGCCUCGUACCGGGCCAGGUCUUUUUGUACGACCAGUAUGACCUUCUGUACGACUGCGAGCAGACUCACAAGCACGCCGCCUCCACGUACCUCAUCGACCAGAUUGAGCCUCCGCCGGAGUACGCGAGCCAGACGCCCUCGCAGCCUUCCAGCGCCGCCUACGACCCGCACGAGGACGACUACGCUGAGGUUCUUCGCAGGAACGCUUACAACCAUCAGCUGGGUAAAGUCACCCCACGCCCCCCCUCCCGCGCCACCCACUACAGCACCUCCCCCGAAAACCGCGGUUACCUCAGCUUUUCCUACACGCCCUCCCCCACGGGCGUCCCCAACGGCGCCGCCCAGUACCACGCGGGGGGUCCUUCAGUCACGUUGGGCCUCCACGAUCACGCCCACGGCUAUCCUGCUGACAUGGGCAACCUGAGCAUGGAGGGCGUGGACCACGCUCACGCUCUGCAGUCGUUGGGCCUCGACUCCGACCCCCCGCCCUCCCUGGGGCUCGAGCAGCACUCCAUUCCUUCCGAACACCCCAGCCUUACGCUCGACCCCCACUCCAUUACUAUAGACCAUCCCGUUAUCGCCGUGACAGACUUCUCCAACAGAAACGGAGACUUGAGAGUCCAGCCGACCAGCCUCUCCACCUUCAACCCUAAUCCCUCGCCCUCGACCUUCAGUGAAUCAGACCUUGAAGGCCACUUGGUAUGACUGUAAGCACGCCCGCUGUCAACAGUAAGGCGGGUACCUGCUUACCUUCUCAAGAGUCCCUGGGUGCGCCGGCUCUGCGAACGACCAUGACCCGUUUUCUGUGGAUCCAGAAGAGGGGAAACUAGAGCACUAAAAUCACAUUUGCAAAACCCAAGAAGGAAAUGCACCCAAGAUGUCAGGGAUACUUAAAUAUUCGCUGAUUUGCUUGAAUAACCAAAGAAUAAUGACUUAAUGCAUUUCAGUAACGCAUGUAGGUACUUUAUGCGGUUAUAAGAGUAUAAUGGCUUUAAAAUGCAUUUUGCAUAAUACAUGCAUGAAUUUUGUCAUGAUCAUGAAUGUGAUCUUGUAUGUUGUUUAUUUACCCAGUGUGAUUGGGUGCAGAGUUGAUCUAAGUAUGUAAUUUCCGACAGCAUGAAAAGGACAUUUAUUAUGAUCAAAAAUCAUAAUCUGUGCAAACAGCAAUUAAUUCCUGUUGUCACGCCUGUCAGGUUGGACUGUCUUUCCACAACUUGAAGUCUGGAGUAUAAAUUAGUUAUCAAAAAACACCGAUAUAUUUUGAAAGACAAAAGGAACUGUGAUGCAUUUCUUUAUUUCUACUUUAUGUGCGAAAUACCAGUGACGAAAUUGACAUAGGAUGUUUAACAAGCUGCGUGUCUCAGUGUUAGUGUGAUUGUUCAGAGUCUGGCACCAAACAGAAUUAAUCGAGGAACUAAGCAAUGUUUGUAAUCAAUGUUUUCUAUAUACAUAGGCGUGUAUACAAUGCCUAACACAUGUAUAUUAAAUAUCGCCUAUGUUACAACCCCCGCCGUACAGUGUAUAAGACUGGUCCAGAGGGCCAGUUCCUUCUCGAGAAAUAGAGUAAAGAAAAAGAGUGAAAUAAUUCCUGAGAAAGUCAUUUUCUCUUGUUGGCCUAAAAGGAUUAAAUGGUGAGACUCCCUGACUGCGGCCCACCUGGGUGCCGCCACGGAAUGACAAUGUCUGCUUUGGUGAAGUUGGACGGAAUCCCGCCGAUUAGUCUGCCACGUCGUUGUCGACGUCGCCCGAGAAUAUUCUCGGGAGUAAUCGGCGAGCGAGGAGGAGAGAGCUGACCAGGAACCGAGGCUAAUCUUCGUGCGAGGACGGAACCUUGAAGAAGGAAUGAAUCACAUCAAAGUACAUUUAUCGGUGCGUCAGUUACAGAGCUGAAACGAUUGAUUGUUACAAAACUGUGUAUUUGCAUACACUGCUAAGAAACACACACGUACGCAUACGGACUUUAACAGCAUUGGAACAAAAACCAGUGAGGCUUUUUGUUGCAUCCAAAUAAUUAUGCUAAUGCCAAAACCUCACGAUUCCCUUGGUAAAAUUGGAAAAGUCUGCGGAGUCAAGAAGCCUCAUUUCCUUAUAUUCUGCCAUCAGGCACCUACAGCAAGUAGGGUUACAGUGACCAUAAAGACGCUCAUUUGAGCUCUGUAUGCGUUACAUAACUGGGGCUUCCGUCUCUCUGUUGGUGUGACAUAGCUUUCUAUUCAGACCAACCGAGGAACCAUUGAUCGCAUGGAAUGAGAGUAAUAUCCGUGUUGGAAAUCAAGUUCUAUACACAACUAUAAGAAUAAAACAAUCUAAAAUCAGAACUGGAAAUAGCCUGGAAUGGCACGAAAGCAUCGGUCUCAGGGGAAGAAAGCAUCGGCAUUUCGUCGGCACAAGAACCUCGUGAUCAACAGAUAGAAAUACGAGGCUUAACCCAUGUUCGCCUUGAGGAGUUCCGGAUCUCCUGUCUGCUCUCUGGAACUGACACACAGAUUUGUGCAUUUAGUCUUUUUCUUCCUUCCUUCCUUCUUCCCUCCCUCUUUCUAUCAAAUGUACGGCGCCAACUGGGGUAUCAUCUUGUUUAGCUCCUGUUACCAACAUAUAUGUAACAACACUGAAGACACUUCCUGUGUUCUGUUAUAUUGAAAAAAAAAUGUGUAGAUAUGUACUUACAAGACAGAGUUUAUUGAAUAUAAUAAUUUAUGUUGUAAAGAGGAAAGCAAAGAUGAAAACUGUCAUCCCCUUAAAAUUUGGAAUUUGUAUAGUUGUAUUGUAUAUGUGAAGACCUGUACGACUUAUGUUUCCGGACACUAUCCUAGGAACAGGAUAUUGUCUGUACCUCAUAUACGAAAGAACUGAUGCAGACUCCCCCUAUUCGUGCGUGGCCUGACUGCAGGAACCUUAAAGGAAACGAGUCCUUUAGGAUAAUUUUUUAUUAAUUUACGAAAGUUUGCUAAACCUCAGGUUCACCGAACAUGUCAUUCACGGGCUCAAAUGCUUAAUGUAUAAGUGGACUAGUGAAACUUUGUAAAGGUGUGCUUUGUAAAGCAAGCCUCUUGCCAGAGCCUACUAGAAUCUACUAGUUGACAUUCAAUCCAACAGCUGCAUAAUAACGAAGUUACUGUGUACUACUGUGUACUAGAAGAUCCCAUUUUGAUACUCCAUUUUUCUAUACAUGAGAUAUUUAGGACAGAUUACGCCAUAAUAUUAAAGUGGAGCCAGUGUGACUCCCUCCUAUAUUUAUACGUAUACAUGUAAGUAUAUGUAUGAAUGCAUAUAUACAUAUAUAUUGUGUGCAUAUAUACAUGUGUGUAUAUGGAUAUAAAUACAU